GUCCAAUCGUUGUCGUUCUGAGCUGUGUGUGAUUGACAGAAGCAGAUCUCUGUGUCUGUGGUCAUCAUGGCGGAUGAGGUGUCUCGAGCUCAGAGCGCGCAGCCGGGAGGAGACACGAUCUUCGGCAAAAUCAUCCGCAAAGAGAUUCCUGCCAACAUCAUCUAUGAAGAUGAUCAGUGUAUUGCCUUCCAUGAUGUGGCCCCUCAGGCUCCCACUCACUUCUUGGUGGUCCCCAGAAAGCCCAUCUCUCAGAUCUCAGAAGCAGAGGACGCUGAUAAAGAGCUACUUGGACACCUGAUGAUCGUUGCUAAGAAGUGUGCCGAGGAGGUGGGAUUGCCCCGAGGAUAUCGAGUGGUGCUCAAUGAGGGUCCUGACGGGGGUCAGUCCGUUUACCACGUUCACAUCCACGUGCUGGGGGGUCGUCAGCUGGGAUGGCCUCCUGGCUAACUGCUUUUCUCAGGAUAUCACUGUAUCUCUCAGUCGUGUCAUUGUUCGCCAUAAGAGUGAGGUUAAUCGUUACAUGUCAAGUAGGAGUCCAUCAGAAAUACAACUGUCUAAGGA